AUGAGCAUGUUUAAGAGGAUAUUUAAAAGCGCAAACAAGGAAAAUGAGCCUUCGACGACCGAAGCGAUCCAAAAGUUGAAACAGACCGAGGAAAUGUUAGAGAAGAAGCAAGAAUACUUGGAGAAAAAGAUUGACACAGAAAACACAGUUGCCAAGAAGUACGCAAAGACGAACAAGAGACUUGCCCUUCAGGCCCUGAAGAGGCGAAAGAGACUCGAAAAACAACUAAAACAAAUCGACGGGACGUUAUCUACCAUAGAAUUCCAACGUGAGGCUUUAGAAAGCUCUGGAACCAACACAGAAAUCUUGAAAAAUAUGAGCUAUGCGGCAAAAGCGCUAAAGAGCGUGCAUGAACAACUCGACGUCGACGACGUUCAAGACAUUAUGGAUGAUAUUCACGAGCAAACAGAAAUUUCGAAAGAGAUUUCAGAAGCCAUCUGUGGUGUUGGUUCGAAUCAAGACCUCGAUGAAGACGAGCUAAAUGCAGAGUUGGAGGCGAUCGAACAAGAAGUUCUUGAUAAGGAACUUGUUGGAAUGGAACGUCCCACUCUGGAAUUACCUAACGUUCCAGCGGAAGAUCUACCGACGAAAGCGAAAUCUAUACAGAAUGAAGAUGAUCUGGAAGAGCCUCAAGCUUGGGCUAUGUAAAACUAACCGUUUACUUCUCACAAAUGAAUUUUAUUUUAUAUGCAUUCUACCUGUCAUUGCCUUUUUAUUAAACCUUAAAGGGUUAAUAACAACAACAACCUUUAUUCGCCUUUAUCAUAUUUAACAUUAACAUUUUUUCAAUACCAUCUUAACUAGGCAGGGAGAUCUUAAGCAAGCUCUUUGAGCUUGUACAAGUAGGAUCUCCCUACUCUUUAACUUCAUGUAUAUCUAAUAUAGUUUUUACCCCCACCAUAUGUCGAUCAUCUUUGGAGACCCAGGGGCAGUUAGUCAGGGUGAUAGAAUGUUCGUGGCGAAGGUUUACUGUAAGAUGCUCGUCUUGUUCUUACAGUAAACUUUCACCACGAACAUUCUAUCAUCCCGACCGACUGUCCCCUCGGCCCUGGGUCUACGAGGAUGCCAUAUGACAUGUUAUGAUGUUUUGCUGUGGUGUCUGAGGUGCCUUCUCAAUAUUGUCAACGUUUGCAAAAGUAUAGCCAGUUUAAUGUAGAGAAAAAUUAUUAAAGGUGUUUUUUUUUUUUCUCAUGCCUGGUACUUGUACUUUAGGUGAAGGAUAGGACUGAGAGGAGCCAUUUCAGUAGGCUUGAAUACCAGCUGCUGUUCGGGAAAUGAGCCCGUGCUCCUCCCCCAAAGAGACAAUCUCUUUUCAGGUCCCGAAGACCGAGGGGGGCGGCAGAUAUCGAGCCUACCAUUUCAGUAGCAAAACUAAAAAGACAAUAUGAAUCUUUAUUUUUCACCAUAGAUUAUUAACCUUGCAAGCAAGCUCUCCAUUUGGGGGAUGUUGCAAGAAGUGACGGCGUGCGUAGCAGGCUAACUCAUAGGGCCCUCGUAGAUAGGCUCAUACUCGGUAUAAAAAACCUGUGAAACUCAGGAAUGACGUACUACAAUUACUGCAAAGAAGCCACUGAGAAGUCUACCCAAUAGAACCAAGGAAAAAAGCUAGAAAACAAAGAAAACUUCACAGGUUACCAAGGAUGACUCCAUUAUAUGUAGCACUGAAGUAUUAAGAAUUAUAUGAAUAUAACAAUUAUAUGUACCAUCUCGAAAUUCGGGGAGGGGUGUAAAGUCUCCUAUCGCACCCGUUUUAAAGUUCCUGCAAGCAUUUGUUAUCAUCUCAGAGUGAUUCCAUUGAGUUAUGUAUACAGGAACCUAUUGCACCGGCUAUAUAAUAUUAGGUGAAGCUUAUUGCAAUAUUAUUUUUUGUUCCAGGAAAAUCCUAAAGGUAACAUUUUUUCCACAAAUGGUAACAAAGGUUUCCAGCUAGCACUUAUUUCCUCGAAUGAAUUAAAUAUUGAUUAUUUGAUUUAAGUGGCACGAUGUUGUUUUCAUUAUGACAUCAUUGAACAAAUUUUGAUGAAUUCUUACCCAUUGUGGUAAUUUGUUAUGGCUGGUAGUCAUUCACAGUCACUCAAGGGUAACUCAUGUGUACUUUUAGAAACUGUCCUGCAAGACCCUAAGAACAAUAAAACUCAUAAAAGUGGGUCAUUCCAUAGGGCAAAGAGUAGCCUGUGUACAGCCGCCCCUCCCCUCAAAAAAAUUUUGAGGGGAGGGGCGGCUGUACACAGGCUAGGCAAAGAGAUGGAGAGAAACUUGCGGUAGUUUUUGAGUUGCUGGUGGGGUACUCUUGCAAAAUUUGGAUGGAGAUGCAUGGCAUGCAUUCAAAAACCUUGACCCUAUUUUAAAUCUAUCAUGUGAUUUUUUGUACCCUGUACUUUCACACCUGAGCUGAUCUUCUUUGAAAGAGGCAUAUCUGACCCAACUCCAGACCCUGACUAGAACGCAAAAAAGCGUUACUCUACGUCAGAUCCAAACAUUUAAAAUCCAUACUCAGUUUAAAAGCAUAAGGGCUAAAAACUAAACCCUUUUAGGUCGCAGAUACCAAUUUAGUAAAAGGCAGUACCCUCCCCCAGUUCAGGAGACAAUAUCCUGUUGAAUAAGGGACCGGUCAUUAUUUAUGUGAGGGGGUGGGGGGGAAAAAUCAUGGGGUGGGCCAGGCCUAUUUUUUUUAGAGAAAAGGGGUGGGUCAUUGUGUGUGUUUUGUAAAGAAUCACACUCACUACAAUUCAUGUGGAAGAUCUAAAUAAAUUCUAAUGCAAUGCUGGACAUAAAAUAUAACACAACUGGAUGUCAUAUCUAGCAAUCCAAUCUAAGUAUGGAGAUUCAAAGAUGUGGGCACUAAAUAUCAAUAAAUAAACAGAAGCCCUUAUUGAGAAGGCUUGCAUGCUUCCUGUUCUUAAUAUAACUGUCUGGGAACUUUUACUACCUGAAGCGUGAACACCUAAAAAUCAUUAUUAGUUUCAAUAAUGGAUUAUUGAAUUCCUUAUUCAAUUUAGUGAAAUCAAAUUUUUCCAAUUUUCAAAUCAAAAAUAGUUUGAAAAUUCGUUUUUUUUAUUGAAUUACUAUUUUUUGUUUAAAGGAGCAAAUUUUUUUAAACUGGUUUUGAUUUGAAUAUUGCAAAACUUAUUUUUUCAAUAAUCGAUUAAUGAAAUCAAUAAUGAUGUCUAGGUGUUCACGCGUCAGGUAGUUUGACUGUAGAGGUAUAGAUUGAAGGGGGAUGGGGUUGGGUCACCUCUUAUAUAAAGUUAUAUGGGGGUGGGUCAAGAGAUAACUAAUGGGCUUAAAGGGGUGGGUCACGUUUUUUCUUUCAUGCAAAAACAAAAAAAAUCCCCCCCACUCCCCCACAUAAAUAAUGACCGGUCCCUAACUGAUAAAUUAUUGAAAAAAAAACAAAACUUUGAGGGAUAACUAAUCCUGCAGAUCCUUCAUCAAACACGGAUUCUUACAACUAUCGCAAUCACCUUAGUCGUUGUCCGCCACAUUUUCUCCAUUUUUCCAAAAUCCCCUUCCAAACUGCAGUCCAAUCCCAGAGGUCCAAUCCUGAUUUUACCGCAAGUUUUGCAUGAUGAAAACUGGGCACUAAUAAGGGCUCAGUUUUCGCGCUUUUCGCUGAAAACAAAUUUUACAUAGCACAUAAUUUCGACGGAACGUGUGGUGGGGUUGUUUGUCUUCAGGACCGCAACAAAAACAUCCUAACAGUCUCUACAAAUUGACAGCUUCGUUUUGAAGUUUUUGAAUUCUUUGUUUUGUUUAGAGGAAUUCAUUUGUCGUUGUUUUCACUGGCUUAGCCUCUUUCAUUCGGCGACAUCAUGUGUGGUAUUUUGUCCGUCACCGAUCAAAGUAAAUGAUCGUAUUAAGAAAGCAAUACAGAUAACAAUUGACCUAUCAAUGGAUCUGGAAGAACUGUCGAACUUUUGGGCAAGGUUUCAGAUUGCCUUUUCAUGGGAUUACCCCGAAGGACUUGAUGUACAGACUGUACAAUCGGCGGUCUUUCACGUAGUAGGCGAUGGCGAAACCAGGUAAGCUCUUUAUCAUUGACGAACCUAUUUUGUAUACUUACGUAUUAAUGUCGUUAACGUUAAAAUCAUGUGAAUUUUGUAACGGCAACGAAGGUUAAUCGUCUCAGUUUGAAUCAAGGUCUCGUUAUAUUGAGAUCGAUCGCUAAAAUAGUAUGGGGCUUUUCAGAGCAUGUAUUGAUGUAUAAAAAAUACCUAUUUCCUGUGGGGAGGAAAUUGUUCGCGCGAGAAUUUACAGCUUUAUAUGUAGCGGGCCACAAAAACAGUUCAUUGAAUUAAUCCCAAGGGUGUUUAAAUAAACAUACUGUCACAAUGAGAGAUCGGUUUGUCUUCAAUAAAGCGCUUUGAGAUUUAGCUUCUCUCCCGUGUUAGUAGAUCGUAGAACGUCGUUCUUUAUUAUUUCCUUAUAGCAUUUUUCUCAUUCAAACCAAGGAACUAAUGUUUUGCAAGCAUCAGGGGGUCACAUAUAAUUUCUUCUUUCUUGUCACGCGAUUUUGCGAGAUAAUUGUCUUGUUAGCCUCGGAGUUUUUCCUAAAUGCCUCUUAGUAGAUUCACUAUAAGUGCUUUGACCAUUAAGUUUCCAGACAAACCCCUGUUCCAAUUAUCUGCUUGUCAAAUUCUCUUGCACAUGCACAUGUUAAUUUUACUGUUUGAAAUGAUAAUUAGGUUCAUAUUUUUAACUUUCUCAAAAUAAUUUGUUUCUGGUAUCAUUUUCAAAAUAUUCUAUAAAAUAAAAUGUAAUAGCUAGAUGGUCAUUUUUGUUAUGCAUCAGAUUUUCAUAUCCAUGAGUCGUGGUUGUAACUGAUGUCACAUUUUUUCCCAAAAGAAUAUUUUUUGAGUAAAUGUUAUUCUCUGGAUACUUAGGUAAACAUCAACAAAAGCAUUGGUAAUGCCUUUUCAAUAAGCACAUUGUGUGUAUGUGUUCUCAUUAACUAGAUUCAUUUAUUAUGCAAAUAGUCACUUGUGAACAGUCUUUGAUUU